AUGACUUGUGCAUUGGUUUCAAAGCAAUGGUUUUCUGUUGUGAAGGAACGAUCGAAACUUUCACUGCUAUGUAAAAGUAUUAAGAAAUUACAAGGUGAAUUUUUGGAGAAUAUUGAAAAUUUGCGAUUGGAAAGAAAUAAUAGAUUCUUUGAUUGUCAAAUAAUUGGAUUGAUGAAAGGAUUGACAGUUCUCAGUGCUGAAAAUUGUAUUGGUACAGAAGGGGUCAAGCAUAUUUGUAAAAUGAACAAUUUAACAAAACUGAAUAUCGAGAGAAAUGAAAUUGGUGAAGAAGGAGCCAAGUACAUUAGCAAAAUGAAACAAUUAACUGAGCUCAACGUUGGAUGGAACGGUAUUGGUAAAGAGGGGGUUGAAUUUAUCAGUGAAUUGAAAAAUUUGACCUUACUUGAAAUUGAAGCUUGUAGGAUUUGUGACGAAGGGGCUAAAUCUAUAAGCGAAUUGAAGCAAUUGACCCAUCUCAAUAUUUCUUACAAUAAUAUUAGUAAUUUAGGAUCAAAAUAUUUAACUGAAUUGAAACAACUGACAGUUCUUACUCUUUGUGACUGUAAUAUUAGUGAAGAAGGAUGCAAAUAUAUUUCUGAGUUGAACCAAUUAACUGACCUCGAUAUUAGUAACAAUGAUAUUGGAUGCAACGGAGUUGAAUAUAUUAGUGGAAUGAAACAAUUACUUUUCCUGUAUAUUUAUGGAACUAAUAUGUACCCUACUGAACUUCAAAAGAUCAGUGAAAUGAAACAAGUAACAAACCUUAAUAUUUCAUGGAAUUAUGUUGGAGAUGAAGGAGCUAAAUAUAUUAGUGAUAUGAAACAAUUGACUAAACUUGAGGUUGUAAGAAGUGAUAUUUCUACAGAAGGGGCUAAGCACAUUAGUGAAUUGAAACAAUUGACUGAUCUUAACAUUGGUGAGAACAAUAUUGGUGGUGAAGGAGCAAUUGCCAUUAGCAAAAUGAAUCAAUUGCGUAUUCUAGAUAUUAGUGAUAAUAACAUUGGUGGAAUAGGCGCAGAACACGUAAGCCAAAUGAAACAAUUAACUCAUCUUGAUAUUAGCCACAAUUGUAUUGGAAAUUAUGGAGCUAAACGAAUCAAUACAAUGAAACUGGUAUUUCUUAGCAAAUAA